UACGUUCCUCGCACUCCUCAGUCUCUGCGUGCUGACGCAGUAGCUACCGUCGCUCGAGCCCUGAAGCGCAGGCCUGUUGAGCCUAAAGUGUUGUACUCGGCCCCAAGCACUAAGCGGAGGCGACUCUUUUUCUCCGCCCCCUCCGCUCCGGAAGGCGAGCAGAGAAGAAGAACCGGAACGAAGGGGAGAAGAAACUGCAACCCACCGGCAAAGGCCGGACUCAGAUCAUUCGUGGCGCGUGAAGAGCCGCUCUCAUAGGCGAGUGUUGUUCCAUCUUCCUCCUUCUCCUCCCACCGACCAAAGCCAGGAGAAACUUGUCUGUAUGUAGCGGAGAGUCUGGAGAAAACUAAAGGCGAGCAGCACUAGCCCCGCUGUCCCCACGGGCUGUAGUUGAAGUCAGACAGAAAGAUGUGAACUCUUUCCCCAUGGACAGGAGAGGACUUUCUUCGACCUUUCCCACGGCAAAUGCUAUGAACGUAAAAACAUCAUGAUGGCUUGCCUUACAAUGACGGAAAUGGAAGGGACACCGUCAUCUACUCUUCACCAGAAUGGUGGCAUCCUUGGGAAUUCAACUGUUUCCAGACAGGCAGAGCCACUGUUUCGGGUUUACCUUUAUCAUUCCCCAGGAAGGACGGAAGGCGAUUAUCUACAAUUUCCAGCUGGAGAAUAUGUUGCAGAAGAGAUCUGUAUUGCUGCUUGCAAGGCUUGUGGUAUCUUGCCAGUGUACCAUAACAUGUUUGCACUAAUGAAUGAGGCAGACCGAUGCUGGUAUCCUCCAAACCAUACCUUCCAAAUAGAGGGAUCAGCUAGUCCCACCAUACUGUACCGAAUAAGGUUUUAUUUCCCACACUGGUAUUGUAACACCAGUAUGCGAGCAUUUCGAUAUGGUGUUUCCCGAGGUUCAGAGAGUCCUGUCCUUGAUGAUAUUGUCAUGUCUUAUUUGUUUGCUCAGUGGCGAGAAGACUUUGUCCAUGGGUGGGUAAAGAUGCCUGUUACUCAUGAAACACAAGAAGAAUGUCUUGGCAUGGCUGUUCUUGAUAUGAUGAGAACGGCCAAAGAAAAGGACCAAACUCCACUAGCCAUCUACAAUUCUGUGAGCUACAAAAUGUUUUUGCCCAAGUGUGUCAGAGAAAGAAUCCAAGAUUAUCACAUUCUGACACGAAAGAGGAUACGAUACAGGUUCCGCAGAUUUAUUCAGCAGUUUGGACAGUGCAAAGCAACUGCCAGAAACUUGAAACUGAAGUAUCUCAUAAAUUUGGAAACCCUCCAGUCUGCCUUCUAUACAGAAGUGUUUGAAGUAAAGGAACCUGGCAGAGAGCCUACGGGUGAAGAGAAUUUUGCAACCAUUAUUAUAUCUGCAAAUGGUGGAAUUCAGUGCUCGAGAGGGAAGCAUAAAGAUAGUAAAACACUGGCAGAACAGGAAAUACAGACCUACUGCGAUUUCCCCGAUAUUAUCGAUGUCAGUAUUAAGCAAGCCAGCCAGGAAGGUUCUGGCGAGAGUAGAAUUGUAACCAUUCACAAGCAGGACAGCAAGAAUUUGGAAGCUGAAUUUCAUUCAUUAAGAGAUGCUCUUUCUUUUGUAUCGUUAAUUGAUGGAUAUUAUAGAUUAACUGCAGAUGCUCACCAUUACCUUUGUAAAGAAGUAGCACCCCCUUCCAUUCUUGAAAAUAUUCAGAGCAACUGCCACGGGCCAGUUUCCAUGGACUUUGCAAUCAAUAAGCUGAAGAAAGCUGGCAAUCAGACUGGUUAUUAUAUUCUUCGUUGCAGUCCAAAGGAGUUCAAUAAAUACUUUCUUACCUUUGCAGUGCAGCGAGAUAGCAUCACUGACUAUAAGCAUUGCUUGAUAACAAAAAACGAGAAUGGGGAGUACAAUCUCACUGGAACUAGAAGAAGUUUUACAAGCCUCAUGGAUCUGUUGAAUUGUUAUCGGACGGAAACUGUCCGGUCAGAUAGUAUAAUUUUUCACUUUACCAGAUGUUGUCCUCCAAAGCCAAAAGAUAAGUCCAACCUGCUUGUCUUCAGGAGCAAUGUAGUCUCUGAUGUCCCAACAUCUCCCACCUUGCAGAGACACAAUAAUGUCAACCAGAUGGUCUUUCACAAAAUCCGGAAUGAGGACCUGAUCUUUAAUGAAAGCCUUGGGCAGGGCACCUUCACUAAAAUUUUCAAAGGUGUGAGGAAAGAAGUAGGAGACUAUGGUAAGCUGUAUCAGACUGAAGUCCUGCUGAAGGUGCUGGAUAAAGUGCACAGGAAUUACUCUGAGUCUUUCUUUGAAGCAGCAAGCAUGAUGAGUCAGCUUUCUUACAAGCACUUGGUAUUAAAUUAUGGAGUUUGUGUCUAUGGAGAGGAAAAUAUUCUGGUACAGGAGUAUGUAAAAUUUGGAUCGUUGGAUACUUAUUUGAAAAAGAACAAAAGUUCUAUAAAUAUCUUGUGGAAGCUGGAAGUUGCAAAGCAGUUGGCAAUGGCAAUGCAUUUUUUGGAAGAUAAAAACCUUGUUCAUGGGAAUGUGUGUGCCAAAAAUAUCUUACUUAUCAGAGAAGAAGACAGGAAAUCUGGGAACCUUCCUUUUAUCAAGCUUAGUGAUCCUGGUAUCAGCAUUACCGUUUUGCCAAAAGACAUUCUUCUUGAGAGAAUACCAUGGAUUCCACCAGAAUGCAUUGAAAAUCUGAAGCAGCUGAGUUUGGCAAUGGACAAGUGGAGUUUUGGGACCACUCUGUGGGAAAUCUGCAGUGGGGGAGACAAGCCUCUUGGUGCACUGGAUUCUCAGAGAAAGUUACAGUUUUAUGAGGAUAGGCACCAACUUCCUGCUCCUAAUUGGACAGAACUGGCAAAUCUUAUAAACAACUGCAUGGAUUAUGAGCCAGACUUCAGGCCCUCUUUUAGAGCAGUUAUACGUGAUCUUAACAGUUUGUUCACCCCAGAUUAUGAACUAUUGACAGAAAAUGACAUGUUACCAAAUAUGAGAAUUGGAGCUCUUGGGUUUUCUGGGGCUUUUGAAAACAGAGACCCAACACAUUUUGAAGAGAGACACCUCAAGUUCUUACAGCAACUUGGCAAGGGUAAUUUUGGCAGUGUGGAGAUGUGCCGGUAUGACCCACUGCAGGACAACACAGGGGAGGUGGUGGCUGUUAAAAAACUGCAGCACAGUACAGAAGAACACCUGCGAGACUUUGAAAGAGAAAUUGAAAUUCUCAAAUCUCUGCAACAUGACAACAUUGUCAAGUACAAAGGAGUGUGCUACAGUGCUGGCCGGAGAAAUCUGAAAUUGAUAAUGGAAUAUUUACCGUAUGGAAGUUUACGAGACUAUCUCCAGAAACACAAGGACAGACUGGAUCAUAAGAAACUCCUGCAGUAUGCUUGUCAGAUAUGUAAGGGUAUGGAGUAUCUGGGUUCAAAAAGAUAUGUUCACAGAGAUCUAGCAACACGAAAUAUCUUGGUGGAGAAUGAAAACAGAGUUAAAAUUGGAGACUUUGGUUUGACAAAAGUGUUGCCGCAGGACAAAGAAUACUACAAAGUUAAGGAACCAGGAGAGAGUCCUAUAUUUUGGUAUGCUCCAGAAUCACUGAUGGACAACAAGUUUUCUGUGGCCUCAGAUAUGUGGAGCUUUGGUGUGGUCCUGUAUGAACUCUUCACAUAUAUAGACAAGAACAAAAGCCCCCCAGCGGAGUUCAUGCGCAUGAUUGGCAAUGAUAAGCAAAACCAGAUGAUUGUGUUCCAUUUGAUAGAGCUGUUGAAAAAUAAUGGAAGACUACUAAGGCCUGAUGGAUGCCCUGAUGAGGUUUAUGCCAUCAUGACAGAGUGCUGGAACAAUGACGCAAGCCUGCGACCAUCCUUUAGGGAUCUUGCUCUGAGAGUGGAUCUCAUAAGGGAGAACAUGGGUGGGUGAAAAUUCUGAAUUUCAUCCAAAGGGACAUGUUGACAUGCAAGCAAAGCUGAUCUGUUCUUUGGGAAGUUGCAGAUAAUUGCCCUUCCUAUACACAUUCAUAUUUGAGGAUAGAGACUGUAGGGAAAUCAUCCCAUCAAAUUUUGCACAUGAUGGUGAAGAAUGUGGCUUUGUUUCUUCAUUGGGAAUACUACCAUGAUGCACCAAUGAAAAGCACUUUGAUAGCAAACGGAAUUGCUUUUUUGAAGCAAAAUAGUGUAAAAUGUGAUCAGUCAGCAUCACAAUGGUUUAAUAGGGCAACUGCAAAAAACAACGUCAAGCAGGGAAGUUAUAGAAGAAUGAGAAGCCUGGAUGGAGAGCUGGAGAUUUAAGCUUCAAUAUUAUGCCCACUUACAUGUGGAUUGCUGUUGACCUGUGGGACUUACUUUUGAGGAGACCUAUGUAGGAUUGUGCUGUUCAGUAACAGUCAACUUGCAGAAUCUAUAUGUAACUCAAAACAAGUACUAGAAGAUUUUAUGAUUCUACUUGCACCACUUUGAAAGAAAACAUACAUUUGCACUUAACAAUGGAAAUGGACAUUCAUAUUCACCUUGUACCAGUCAUCAUGGUUACUCUGCAUAGAUUCUUCUUCUUGGUCUCCCUUAUUUUGGUUCCUCCCCCAGCUACCAUUACCCAUUUUGGCCUGCCAUAAAAGGUGAUUCUAUACCAUAUGAGGCUAAUUAUCAGCUAGCUCAGGAGAUUUGUUCCUUUGCAUAGAUGUGCAUUUCCUAGUUAUGUGUGAGUGUGCAAUUCUCUCAGAGAUUUAAGGGCGUUUUUUUUUUAAAAAAGCAUAAUUUAAGCAUGGCAGAGAAGCAAAACACCAGUCAUGAUGAGAGGAGAAAAUCACUGAUGGAUCCUUGGGAUAGCCUUUAUGGAUUGCUUAAAACAUGGCAGCCACACAAAGUGGAGGGUCAAAUGCAAAAGCGGUGCAUGAUUUGCAGUUAGGUGCAGCAAAGAAGCCCCUAGAAUACAUGUUAACCUUUUCUGCAGUGUACCAAGAGUGGUUUGGCAUCCUACUUCAUGCAUUGCAUGAGAGUUUAUGUUUUGUGAAGUGAUUUGUUGCUGUUUAUUAGUUUAAAGCUUUUUACAUUGUCAGAGUAUAAUGGCUUUAAUGUGUAGAACAAGUCAGACAUUUUUUUAAAAGUAUUUGAUUGAGCAACCUCUAUGUGCCUGUCUAAGCCAGCCACUGGUCAGCAGUAGAAGAGGAGAUGUGUGUUGAGGCAGUGUAAUGUAAUAUAAAUACUUUGAAGGAGAGGGAACAAAUAAGUAAAGAUAUUUUUGGAGAAGAAAAACCUGCUGAAAAUUGCAUUUUUAAAUGAACAAGUAUAUAGAAGUCUAUUUUCCUUCAUGUGUGUUGUGGGUAUGUUAAGCUCUGUCCAUGUCUCCUUUAGGUACAAAUAUUUGAAAUUGUGUCAUAAACCUCAGCUUAAUAAGUUCCGAAUGCUAAACUUUCUUAGCCUUGCCAUCCCCACCAGAAGCUGCAUUUUUCUUUUUUAUCCUCAACUUUUACAGGGUGGCUCAUUCAACUAGAACAGCCUUUCCCAACCUGUGUGCCUCCAGAUGUUGUUGAACCACAACUCCCAUCUUUCCUGACCAUUGGCAAUGCUGGCUGAGGCUGAUGGGAGUUGUGGUCCAACAACAUCUGGAGGCACACUGGUUGAAAAAGGCUGAACUAGAAAUAUAAAACAGGCUUCUGAUGUUACUAAGAACAAAUGUCACCCAUCUGGUCAUAAUACGUAUCUUUAGGUUACUGGAUAAUUUGGCUUUGUGUAAUUGCAGUCAUGUGAUACUGCUUGGUUUUACACAGCCUAAAUUGUGAAAUAAAUGUAAAGUCACUGCAACUCCUUGCAUACCAGACUCGGUGGCACAAGUUCACAUUUGUCGGCCUAAGAAAAUAGUAAUAAGCAGUAGUUGCAUCAGACACUCCCAUCUCUAAUGAUUUGGCUGUCUACUUCAGAGCUGCCCAUUGUAGAUCAGUGGAGGUGCACUGGAUAUUUCACCUUGUUCCACUGCUUGCCCUCCAAGCCUUGCUUUAGAGGCUUUGAAUCUAAUAAUUCUUCUUAGGCAAGGUGCUAAGAAGGCACUUGCUUCUUAAAUUUUGGUGAAAGGGGUAGUCGCUUUGCUAUGGAAACUGAAUGAAAACUUGAAAUGUACUUUAAUAUUUGGUAGAAUGUGCAUAGAUGGCACUGUAACAUAAACCCCUAGUGAGUUUACCUGUGUACCUACCUCAAACAUGGAGGAGGGUGCAGUGAUGUGAGUUUUGUAUAGGAUUGAAAAGUACCUCAAAAUGUUGCAGAUAUUUCCUCUGUGAGUGCCAGUCAAAGAAUAUUUUGUGCCAUUGUGGGCUCUGGCAGAUGCAUCAAAGCUGACCUAGUGGCUCUCCUUUCACACACGUAAGAGCUCUCUUGUUCUUUCUUAAAAGCAGGAGUGUUUCAUAUGCAUUUUUGGAGAUCAGGGUGCAUGCAGAACAGUUCUGUUUGUAGGAGGAGAUAGGAAAUCCCACAUGGGAGGAAUCCCAGUAUCUAUCUUGCAAACUUUUUCUGGCCAAACCUUUAUUUUGGUUUUAAAAGUAAAGAGUUAUGCCAAACAACAGUGGGGGGAGGGGGGAAUUGUAGGUAGUUCCAUUUUAUAACAGUAUAUUAUACUUAAAUGGCUGGAAAUGUUCAGAUAAUUGCAUUUUAAGAGGCAAUUUCCCAAUGUAUAUUUUUGUAAUUGCUUUGGUCAGAUAUAUUGCACAUUUGUACAUUGCUUUGAACUUGAUCUUAAAACAGGUUGUACAGGAUGUAUCUUUUGGUUUUCGUAGAAUAUUAUGCAUAUUGUUUUUGUUUAGGUUCCUUGUUAACCAAAAUUAUAGUAGCAUAAAGUGUAAAGCAACAAUAGGUAUCAGGAUAAACAAAUGCAGCAGUCUGACUACAACAGAAAUACAUCUGUCUGAUCAAGGAUUUCAUGUUCCAUAUAAAGAAAAAAACUCAGGGAAUUUUGUGUAAUGCAACAAAGAGUUCUUCCAUAAUGUUGAUUUUUCCAAGUGAAUAAAAAUGUCUUGAUCUAGUAUAGUAUAA